GUGCAUUCAAAGGGCAACGGCGCCAGGAAGAAGAAACCGAUGAACCAGUGAGAGGAGGACCAGCCAGUCAAGCCUUCAAUUCAUUUUUAGUAGUAACCGUCGCCAGGCUAUGCACCGUCCAUCCCAAGGCGCCGCCACCACUGAUCACUCUCGCCGACAUGUGGACCCCGCCCCAGCUCUCCAUCCCCUAUUUAUACCUCCCUUGCCAACAACAGAGCAGAGGAGUGAGCAGAGCAAGGCACUCGCCGCCACUUAGCCAAGGGUCCAGAAGCAUCUAGAAGCUAGGAGGAUGGGCUCCCGCUAUGAGGUGGAGGUGACGGUGGGUUCGGCGCGCGACCUCAAGAACGUCAACUGGCGCAACGGCGACCUGAAGCCGUACGCCGUCGUCUGGGUUGACGACGGACCCAAGGUCUCCACCCGCGUCGACAUCGACAACGCCGAGAACCCCGCCUGGGACGAGAAGCUCGUCGUCCCGCUCCCGCCCUCCACCACCCGCCUCGAGGACGCCGUGCUCUACAUCGACGUCGUCCACGCCAACGCCGCCGAAGGGGUCAAGCCGCUCGUGGGAUCCGCGCGCCUCCCGCUCCGCGACGUCCUCGACGACGCCGGCCUCGGGGGCAAAGCCUCGCGCACGCUCCGCCUCAAGCGGCCCUCGGGGCGCCCGCAGGGACGGCUGGACGUCCGCGUCGCCGUGCGGGAGGCCGCGCGGUACUACGAACCCAACCCGUACCCGGCGCCCUACGGCAACCCCGCCACUGGCGGAACACGCGACGCCUACUACGCGACCCCGCCGCCUGUCGGGUACCCUGCUGCUGCUGCGGGCGCCGGCUACGCCUACGGAGGAGGCGCCCCGCCUCAGCCGGCGUACGGCGCUGCUCCUGCUCCCGUAGUGGCAGAGUACGGGGCAGCUGCACCGGCGGCGGGCGCGGCAUCUAAGAAGAGUGGGAAGAUGGGGAUGGGGACGGGGCUGGCGGUGGGUGCGGCAGCGGGAGUGGUGGGCGGGCUGGCGCUGGCCGGAGGGGCAAGCUACCUGGAGAACAAGUUUGAGGACCGCGUCGCCGAUAGGGUGGAGGAAGAUUCCUACGGAGGCGGAGGGUACGACGACGACGAAUACUAGAAUUCUCGGCUCCGGAAGGCGGCAGCCGGCGUGGCAUCGAUGAACCCAGUGUGAGUCGGGAUCCAAAUAAGAGCGAGCGAGAAAUUCAUGUGAGAGAAGAAGAAGAAUAAGAAAUGAUGUUGCUAAUUCGACUGAUUGCCUUGUGUAAUUCUCAAGAUUUGCGGUUGUUCUGUUUCUCGUCGUUAUAUUAUAUAUGGUUGGUUCUGCAA